UCAUUGACUCGGAAAAAAAAACGACACGCCCGUUGGCUUGGCGAUGACCUCCACGCCGAUGUGCCGCAUCGGCCUCGGCCUGCGCCGCCGCUCCUCCACCUCCCCGACGUCCUUCGUCUGCCGCCGCUCCUCCUCCACCUCCACCUCCACCCUCACCUCGCCGCCCUCACGCUCCUGGUCUCCCCAGGCCGCCUUUGCCGCUGCCACAGAGCGGGUACGUGCCGGGACUCUCAGCCGGCAAGACGCACACCACCUGUUCGACGAAUUGCUAGGGCAGGCAACUCCGGUGCCUGAGCGCUACCUGGACGGCUUCCUUGCCGCCCUCGCCCGUGCGCCUGAUUCCUCUGCCUGCGGAGACGGCCCAGCCCUCGCGCUCUGCCUCUUCAACCGUAUCUGCCGAGAAGAAGCCGGCAUGCGGGUGGCGCCGCCCACCGUCGUCACCUACAGCAUCCUCAUGAACUGCUGCUGCCUCGCGCGUCGUCCGGAACUUGGCCUCGCUUUCUUUGGCCGCAUCCUCAGGACUGGCCUCAAGACAAACCAGAACUUCGCCAGCACCUUCCUCAAGUGCCUCUGCGGCGCAAAACAGGUGGACGAGGCUGUCAGCGUGCUGCUUCAUCGGAUGUCUGACCUCUGCUAUGUCCCUAAUGAAUUCUCAUACAACAUAGUUCUAAGGAGCUUGUGCCAAGAUAGCAGGAGCCAGCGAGCGCUCGACCUGCUCCGGAUGAUGGCAAAAGGAGGUGUCUGCUCCCCUAAUGUGGUCACAUAUACCAUGGUCAUCCACGGCUUCCUUAAGGAAGGCAAAGUAAGCAAGGCCUGCAAUCUAUUCCAUGAAAUGAUGCCGCAAGGUGUUGUGCCUGAUGUGGUGACAUAUAGCUUGAUUCUUGAUGCGCUGUGCAAGGCCAGAGCUAUGGACAAGGCAAAGGUGUUCCUUCGGCAGAUGGUUGAUAACGGUGUUCAACCGAAUAAUGUGACAUAUACUGCAAUGAUCCAUGGAUAUUCCACUUUGGGCCAGUGGAAAAAGGCGACUCAAAUGUUCAGAGAAAUGACAAGCCAGGGUCUUACACCAGAUACUGUCACUUUGAACUCGUUCAUGGCCUCCCUUUGCAAGCACGGAAGAACCAAAGAGGCUGCAGAAAUUUUUUAUUCCAUGGCUGCAAAGGGCCAAAAGCCAAAUAUCAUUACGUAUCGUAUUCUGCUUCACGGGUUUGGUAGCAAAGGAUGUUUUGCUGACAUGGUUAAUCUCUAUCAUUCAAUGGCAGACAAUGGCAUUCUAGCCGACUGCCAGGUUUUCACCAUAUUAAUUGCCGCAUAUGCUAAACGUGGAAUGGUGGACGAAGCUAUGCUCAUAUUUACUGAAAUGCAAGAACAGGGAGUGAGUCCGGAUGUAUUCACCUAUGGAAAUGUAAUAGCUGCAUUUUGUAGAACAGGUAGGAUGGCUGAUGCCAUGGAUAAAUUCUGUCAGAUGAUUGGUAAAGGAGUACAACCGAACACAGUUGUUUAUCACUCCCUAAUUCAGGGUUUCUGUACACAUGGUGAUUUGGGGAAAGCGAAGGAGUUGGUUUCUGAAAUGACAAACAAAGGUAUUCCUCGUCCUAACAUGGUGUUCUUCAGUUCAAUAAUAAAUAAUCUAUGCAAAGAAGGAAGGGUUACAGAUGCACAAGAUGUCUUCGAUUUGGUUAUACACUUUGGUGAGAGGCCUAACGUCAUUAUGUUUAAUUCGCUGAUUGACGGAUAUUGCUUAGUUGGCGAGAUGGAGAAAGCUUUGAGAGUACUUGAUGCCAUGGUAUCAGCUGGCAUUGAGCCUAAUGUUGUUACAUAUGGUACACUUGUUAAUGGCUAUUGUAAAAGUGGAAGGAUUGAUGAUGGGUUGAUUCUAUUCAGAGAAAUGUCGCAUAAGAGAGUUGAACCUACAGCUAUUAUCUAUAGCACCAUACUGAAUGGAUUAUUUCAUGCUGGGAGAACAGUUGCUGCAAAGGAGAUGUUCCAUGAAAUGAUCAAAACUGGAAUAACAGUGAGCAUUUCCACAUACAGGAUAAUCCUUGGAGGACUUUGCAGGAAUAGUUGUGAUGACGAAGCGAUCACCCUGUUCCAGAAAUUAGGAGCAAUGAAUGUCAAGUUGGAUGUUACAAUACUCAAUACCAUGAUCAGUGCAAUGUUCAGGGUUCGGAGAAGAGAAGAAGCUAAUGAUUUGUUUGCUGCAAUAUCGGCCAGUGGAUUGGUACCUAAUGCUUCUACCUAUCACGUAAUGAUAAAAAAUCUAAUAAAAGAAGGAUCAGUGGAAGAAGCUGAAAGUAUGUUCUCAUCAAUGGAGAAGACUGGUUGUGCUCCGGACUCUCGUCUUAUAAAUGAUAUCAUCAGAAUAUUAUUGGAAAAAGGUGAGAUUGUCAAAGCUGGAAAUUAUAUGUCUAAAGUUGAUGGCAAGAGCAUCUCACUUGAAGCUUCAACUACUUCGUUGUUGAUAAGUCUCUUUUCAAGUAAAGGGAAAUAUCAGGAACAAAUAAAUUUACUCCCUGUAAAGUACCGAUUUUUCGAAGGAGUCAGUUGAUGCACCAGACUCGGCAGAUACACAUUGGCAUGGUUUAGAGCUCACUCUCAACGAUGUAGACAUGAGUUCGUGCGCUCAUCAAUAUUGAGCUGGGUUUUGGGUGUCACCAGGGUGUUUUGGCCCGAUGUGUGUGACUGCUGGGUGUGCAUCCUAUGGACAUCUUCACUGAUUUGCGCGUCAUUCCCAAGCUUAAGGUUUGAAUCCUCUGUUCCCCGUAUGAAUGUGCAAGGGUUGUUAGUACCCCAGGGGCUUUUCUCUUUUAUUCUUCGGUUGCUGUUUUGAGAUCUUCAUGUUUAUAGCUAGUUGCAUGUGUCAUUAUACACCAGAAUACUGUAAGAGUUCCUGAACAAGAUGCUGCCAUAUCACCCUAAAGGACUUCAGGAACCUCAAUUAAAAAUUUAGUUCCUGAGCAAGAUACCAAUAUUAAAUAUUCUCGAUACGUUUUCUUGGUA